AUGACUGCCGAGGGGGCAUGUGUGUUAAAAUUAAGAGCAUUACUAUGUGUGUCAUUGUUAACGGAAAUAGAUCGAACAACAGAACGAGAAUAUCAUAAUCUAAUUGAACAAUAUCUGAAAGAUUUUGAUGCUCUAUAUUGUGCACAACAACGUUUACCAAAACAUCAUUUCGCGUUACAUUUUUGUACACAGUUGAGCUCACUAGGUCCGUUAAGAUUUUCGAAUUGUCUUCCAUUCGAGAAGAAACAUUCAUUCUUUAAGACACACACUUAUCGGAAUCUCAAAAAUCUGCCAAAAUCACUGAGUAUUCGCCACCAAAAUUGGAUUGCAAAAAAUAUGUUAACGCCAGAAAACAUGGCAUCGGAGAAUUAUUUAUAUGUUGGUCAUAUAUUAGAAGAAAGAGACUGUAGUUAUCACCAAUCAAAAGAAGACAGUUUUGCCUACUUUUUCAUAACCAAAGCCCUUUUGAGAAACCAUUUGGAGGAUUGA